UUUCUUGCAAAACCCAACUCAAAUUUGAAUGUGAGGAGUAGCUUUUGCACAGGUUGUUCUGUUGUUUUUAUGCAUAUUUCUAUAUAGAUUUGGGUCCCCCACUCUCUUCAUUUCAGAAAUUGUUUCAGUGUUGACAGCAUCUAUGAAACUGGGAAAGAAAACGAAACAAAGGGUGUGAGAAGGAGCUGGGAAGGAAAACGAAACAAAGGGUGUGAGGAAGAGCCUCUCUCUCUCCCCCCAUCACUUUCUGGAGCAGAAAAGCACAACUCCUUUUACUGCCCUCUCACGUGCACCAUAUCCUUCAUUCCAUUACCCUUUAACUCCCUUUUCUUUCAACACACACACAAAAACUCCUCUACUUCUACCUCUCUCUCUCUCUCUCUCUGGUUUGGAACAAGCACUUAACAGUAUUGGUUGAUUGGAGUCUCAUUUUUGUAAGUCAAUAUACCUUACUAACAGUGGAGAAAUGGCACUCGAAGCUCUUUCUUCUAAUGAUCUCUUGAACUUCAUCAUCUAUGAGACUAUCUCAGCAACCCCAUAUACCUGCCAUGCCCCCCUAGAGGCUGGUUUCUCAUUGGAAAACCCUUUGAAGCCUCAAGAUCUUGGUGGUGCUCUGGAUACGCCUUCUACAGUGAUGGACCCGCGAUGCUCCAUGGGACCGGAAACUUCCAACAGGAAACAAAAUUUGGCGGUGCAAGGGCGAAAAAAGAGGAGGAGAAGGGCAAGGGUUUGUAAGAACAAAGAAGAAGCUGAAACACAAAGAAUGACACACAUUGCUGUUGAGAGGAAUCGCCGGAGACAGAUGAAUGAGCAUCUCGCCAUCUUACGCUCCCUCAUGCCGGAAUCUUACGUCCAAAGGGGUGACCAGGCCUCUAUAGUAGGUGGUGCCAUAGAAUUUGUGAAAGAACUUGAGCACCUAUUGCAGUCCCUUGAAGCUCGAAAGCACAAAAUGGUGCAAGGAGUAAGAGAAAACGUUGAUGACAGCAGCAGCAGCAGCAGUAGCAGCACCGGCACCGGCACCGGCACCGGCAUCACCGCCAACAAAUUCAUGCCACCUCCUUUCUCGCAAUUUUUCGUGUACCCUCAGUACACCUGGUCUCAAAUGCCUAACAAGUAUACUUCCAAGAGUAAGGCAGCAGUAGCAGAUAUUGAGGUCACUUUGAUUGAAACCCAUGCAAAUCUUCGAAUUCUCUCUCAUAAAAGCCCUAGACUGCUCUCCAAGAUGGUCACCGGUUUUCAGACUCUUUACCUCACCAUUCUUCAUCUCAAUGUCACCACCGUGGACCCACUAGUCCUCUACUCCAUUAGUGCCAAGGUCGAGGAAGGAUGCCAGCUCACAUCAGUAGAUGACAUAGCAGGGGCAGUUCACCACAUGCUUAGAAUAAUUGAGGAGGAAGCUGCUGUCUUAUGUUGAUCUCCAUGCCCAAAACUACCCUUGGAGCUGAGGGUGCUAUCACUGCAUUGCCACCCCCAACUAGCUACCUCUUUUACAUUUCAUCCUUCAAAAACUCUCUUUCUACUUCUGUCUAGCAAUUAGAUUCUCAUAGCUGUCUUUGGGUUUCUCUUUAGCCUCAACUUUUUAGUGUAGUGAACUAGGAACUUUCCAAACAAGCCUUGAUAUAUGGUACUACCACUUAUGCUCUUCUCAAGAGCGUGGCUCUGUAAUUGAUGAGUUACAGGUUGUGCUUGAGCUACCUUUUGUUUGAGGGUUGUUUGGGAGAGUGGAAUGUAGACACAUGGGUUCACAUUAUUCUUAUUUUGAAUGGCAGGUCUCAAGCUUGGAGAAAA